UAGUCUCAGAUAAAACUCUUUAAAAACAUUAUGGAGUUAGCUAGCUUGUUGUUUGGUUGUUUAUCCCAAGCUAGCUAACUCCAUAAUGUAAUAGUCCAUUCGCUCACGCACAAACCGGACGCAGGGAGGACUUGGACUCGCCGAUAAACAACUUUGAGAUCAAAACAAUCUCUGAAGAACAGCAAGAGAGCGGGGAUCCUUUCUGUACAACGACCACACCCGAAGACAAACAUACUUUAUUUGGUCGGAUUGCAAUAGAGGCAUAAAGAUGAUCGGAAAGAUUCUUUCUCAUCUGCUUGGGAACGCCGGGGAAGACUUUGAGGAGGCAGAGGACACUUACGAGGAUCUGAUGGAGUUUGAGGAGGGAGGAUGGGUGAUUGUUAAUCUCCCAGAGAGCGGGCUGCUGUCAGCCCCUGAGGUGGAUCCCCUGGAGAACCUGCUGAUAGAGCACCCCAGCAUGUCUGUCUACCAGAUGAGCUGCAGGAUGAGUGGAGAGGAGGAGGAGGAGGAGGAGCUGGGCUCUGAUGAAGAUGAAGAGGACACCUCCAGGCCUGUGGCAGUAAAGCCGCACAUAUCGUGGCGUCUGGCUGCCUGGGGAAUCCCUCUGCCCUGCAACAUCCAGCUGCUGGCGGUCCAGAGGGCCAGGGCCCAGGCUGAGCAGAGGAAGCUGAGCCGCAGCGCCCUCCACAGGCACAACCUGGCUAAGGUGCGAUUCUCCCCGGCAGAGAAACGCUACGGCCACUUCAAGCAGCCCUGCCAGCGCCUCUACAACUACUGAACGGGAGUGAUGGGACUGCGUGUGAGAGGGUGUGUUUCCAGUUGCCUCUACCAUAGCUAAGUUGUGCAGCGCAGUGCCUUGACUCUGAAUUUACUCAGGUUUUUUUUUUUUUUUUUUGCAAUCGUUUCACCUCGCACAGUUAACGCUGUAUAUCCCAAGGCCAAGCAUGUGGGAUUCACCUAUUCCGGUGCAGUAAAAUAAUCGAACAUCGGACAAAUGAACCACACACACACACACACAAGUGUUUAUUUUGAUUUGAAUACAGGCAACCUGUACUGCACCCCUUGCAUCUGAAACCCCCGAGAACACUGAAUCUCCUGAUCUCCUGAUCUCCUGAUCUCCCUCCUCAUGAUUGACACGGUCGGUCCCUCAGGUUUGAAAGCAUUAACGCACCGUUACUUUCAAAUAAAAGCCUUUCGUACAUUAUGAACAGUUGAGUUGUUUGAGUGAUUAGAUAUUAGUAGGAAUAGGGCUUAUAGGAAGUUGGAGGUGUGUGAAAGUUAUUCUAAAAGUGUUUUUACUGUGCGACACUGAUCCAAAUCUGAAAACUUCAAACCUGUAGAAAAGAUUUGCUUGAAAUGAGUGAACUAUGAUGCAGUUGGAUCACGGUGUUAUGGCAUGUUUUUUUGACUGGUGAUGCGGGAUUUUAUUCAGUAUGUUUUAUAUCCCGUGCCUUAGCUUUAGACGUUUUUGUGACGAGUGUAAUAAAAGCUCAUUUUUAUAUCACGGUGACCUAUACAGCAUUCAUGUCAAAAAAUAAUUACACAUCCACUGUUAAUGUUUUGUAUAGGGUCAACCAUUUUGUACUUUUCAGCAAGUUCUCACUUUUUCAUGUAAGACACAGAUUGUUCAUUUCAGACGAGUGUAAAUACAGUUCAAUAUUAUGUUUUUCUAUUUGCGUGUAUUUAUAAAAUGUACAAAAAAAAUAAUAAAGUCUUGUUUUCUUAA